AUGGAGAAGCAUCAGAGCCACAGACCUAAUAUCCCUAAACCUCCUCUGUUAAUUUUCCUUCUCCACUUCCUAACACUUCAUUUAAACAUCUCAUCUGCCUACGAAAUCCCAGUCAAGUAUUUCAUCAACUGUGGCUCAAAAGAAACUGUAAACAAUGGCAGUCGCAACUUCGUUGGCGACAAAAAAUCUAGCACCUCCAAAACUGGUUUCUUCUUUACAAAACCCAGUAGCACUGAUACAAACAUAAAUCAGUCGCCAUCGAAUAUACCAGCUCUGUACAACACAGCAAGAAUUUUCAAGGAACAAUCUUCAUAUGUGUUUAAAACCGGAGGUGUUAAUACUACUUACCUGGUACGCCUCCAUUUCUUUGCUUUCUCUUCCCAUACUGAUCUUUCUACAGCAGUCUUUGAUGUUUCUGCUUCUGGGUUUUUGUUGUUGCAUAAUUUCACUGCCCAAAGUAGUAAAAGAUUUCCAUUAAUAAAAGAAUUUUUUAUCCCAACUAACACUAGCAAGUUUCAAAUAUCUUUUACACCUAAACAAUCAUCCUUUGCAUUUGUAAAUGCCAUAGAAGUUUUCCCUGCUCCUCCUUUAAAUUUUAGCCUCGGUGAAGCUAAGAACGCUGGGGAACAGCAACCCACUUCAGUUUUGCAAACCGUUUACAGGAUCAAUGUUGGUGGCCCAAGAAUUGAAUCAGAUAGAGACACUGUAUGGAGAAACUGGGAAACAGAUGAUAGUUAUCUCGUCGACAAAAGCAGUGCAUAUACUUAUAAGACAACCGUCAGCUUUAAAAACCUAUUUGAUGAGACCCCAGAAUUAGUCUACAUGAGUGCCAAAGUAAUGAGUAACACUACCGGAAAUUCCAAAGUAACGUGGAGUUUUGUGGUUAAUAAGACUGCUGGGCACCUUGUAAGGACACACUUCUGUGACAUUAUUAGUAUAUCCGAAAAUACCUUAGCGUUCAAGGUGUACAUAAAUAGCAACAUCAGCCAAGAGAUCAAUGCCACUAACUAUCUCCGCAACUAUUCCCCAUUUCACAUUGAUUUUCAAGUUGGUUCCCACGAUUCUGGAGUCAUGAACGUGAGCAUAGGCCCUGUGAAUCCAGAAAUUGAUAAAUCUCCCUUUCUAAAUGGGCUGGAAAUAUUCGAGAUAAUGGACACAUUGACUUCAAUGCCGGCGGCAGCCACAGAGAGCAACUCACCCAAGACUACAGUUGUAAGUUCAGUUCUUGGAAGUGUUGCAUUUCUCUGCAUUUUGGCAACUGGUUUCUACUUCUUUUCCAAACGCAGAAGGUCAAAAGCUAUCGAAAAUUCCGUUUGGAGCAAAAGAUCAAGCACCACUAAACACCCUGUUCAAAAUUUAAACUUGGGCCUGAAAAUUCCUUUCUCUGAAAUUAAGUCAGCAACGAAGAACUUCAGUCCAACGCAGCAAAUUGGCAAAGGUGGAUUUGGAAUUGUCUAUAAAGGAAUCCUUUCAAAUGGCACACAAGUAGCAAUAAAAAGAAGUUCACCUGGUUCAGGCCAAGGCUUGUCCGAGUUCGAAACAGAGAUAAUGGUUCUCUCCAAAAUCCGCCAUCAACAUCUAGUUUCCUUAAUUGGGUAUUGCGAAGAAAGAUCAGAAAUGAUACUGGUCUAUGAAUUCAUGGAAAAUGGUUCCUUAACAGAUCACCUUUACAACUCAGACUCACCUAGUUUGUCAUGGAAACAAAGACUAGACAUUUGCAUAGGCGCAGCCAGAGGCCUCAAGUACCUCCACAACGACUCCCCUCAAGUAAUCAUACACAGAGAUGUUAAGUCAGCCAACAUCUUGCUAGACCAAAAUCUCAUAGCUAAAGUCGCUGACUUUGGACUCUCCAAAUCAGGUCCUCCCGAAGAAUCACAUAUAAGCACAAAAGUAAAAGGUACCUUCGGUUAUCUUGAUCCUGAAUACUUCACAUCCCAACAAUUAUCACAAAAAUCAGAUGUUUAUUCAUUUGGGGUUGUUCUCCUUGAGGUUUUGUGCGCAAGACCCGCCAUUGAUACCCAUCUACCAAGAGAUCAAAUCAAUUUAGCUGAAUGGGCAAAAUACUGCAACAACAAAGGAGUAAUCGAAGAAAUAAUCGACCCAUCAAUUAAACCCCAAAUAAGCCCUAAUUCUCUACAGAAAUUUAUGGAAACAGCGGAGAAAUGUCUGCAAGAAGAAGGAGUCGAUAGACCUUCCAUGGUAGACGUGAUUUGGGACCUCGAAUACGCAUUGCAGUAUCAACAAACGCCAGUGCCCAGAGAACCCCACGAAGACAGUACGAUCACAGCUUCAUCGGCGUUCGUAAUGCCCGACGCCCGGCGGUUACCGUCCCUAGAUUCCACCAUCUACAUUGACGAUGACUCGGCGACUCUGAGCGAAAAUUUGCCCCAUUUGAAUGCUGGCGAAUCAUCUCCCCAAAUGAGAACUCAGAAUUUCGAUCAAUAA